GGGGCUCACGCGCACCUCCACUAAAGAACCGGCUGGAAAACAGAGACCGGCAACAAAGCAUAGGUCCACGCAGGAAGAAAUCUCUCUUGGCAUCUUAAAGACAUCUUGUGGCAACCUCUGAACCACCAAAGACUGUCCCUUUAAGACCGUCCCUUUAAAGGACGGCGCUGUCUCCCGGUGGGGGCAGCGGAUAGGUGGAGCUGGAGGGUGCGGCGGGGCAAUUCCCAGGUAGCUCAAGCUCUCCCAUUCAUAACCCCACAACCCCUUGCAGCUCUUAAAGGGCCAGGCAGCAGGCGGCGCUCCCUCCAAAGGUCAGGUGCAUUGUGGGAAGAGAAAGUUACUUUCAGUUUUGCACCAAAGGAAGUGGAGAGAAGCAAGGAGGAAGAGCUGCGGCACUUGGGGAGUUGUGGACCCACUUAAGGAGAGAAUCACCCAUGGGAGAACAUGGGGCAGCUCCCAGUCUCUCAGCUGGGGGCUUUGAGAGUUCCCAAGGAGCUCACGUCACUGAAUUGACUCAGACCACUUUGGCGAGAGACCUGGAGGUGCCUGCGAGUGAUGGGGACGAUGCCAACACCCUGAUAAUCCUGCAGUUGUGUCCCUACACGGAGGACGGAAAUGAUUUGCAUCCAGAUGGAGGGAUCCUGAAACAUUCGACCACUUUGACAAACCGCCAACGGGGCAACGAGGUUUCUGCCUUGCCGGCUACCCUGGACACGCUGUCCAUUUACCAGCUAGCAGCUCAGGGCGAACUUGCCCUGCUGAAAGAAAAUCUACGGAAAGGUGAGAACCUGGUGAACAAACCAGAUGAGCGAGGCUUCACCCCGUUGAUGUGGGCCUCAGCUUUCGGAGAGAUCAAAAUCAUCCGUUGCCUCCUGGAACUGGGCGCGGACCCUCAUGCCCUUGCGCACCAACGGGAGAGCGCUCUGUCGCUCGCCUGCACUGGAGGAUAUACUGACAUUGUGGUCUUGCUGCUGGAGAAGAACGUCGACAUCAACAGCUACGACUGGAACGGUGGGACCCCACUCUUGUAUGCUGUGCGGGGCAAUCACGUGAAGUGUGUCGAGACUUUGCUGGCUCGAGGUGCUGAUCUUACCACUGAAGCGGAUUCUGGUUACACGCCAAUGGACCUGGCUGUGGCGUUGGGUCACCGAAAAGUCCAGCAGGUGAUUGAAAAGCAUAUUCUGAAAUUAUUCCAGAACAAAGAGACUGAAUGAAAAGCCCCUCGGCUCAGCCUUUGCCAAGAUGAAGAAAGCCAGAACUAAAUGGCACAACUGCUCAUGGAUAUGG